AUGUCGAGAGCUCAACCACAAAAAUGGGUCUCCCUACUCAUCCUCUUCCUUCUACACCUUUUGCACACAUCUCACGCUGACGUGGGCUCUGCUGCACAGUACCCUCCUCCAUAUUUACCGACGGCGUGUUACGGCAGCGAUUCGUCGCAGUUUCCUUCGAGCAACUUAUUUGCGGCGGCUGGAGAUGGAAUAUGGGACAAUGGGGCAUCCUGCGGGAGGCAGUACUUGGUGAGGUGCAUAAGCGCUGCACGAACGGGGACGUGUGUUCCCGACAAGACCAUUCAAAUCAGAAUCGUGGAUUAUGCCGGCUCUGUUAAUUCUGCGCCGUCGGCUCCCGCCACCACCAUGGUCUUGUCCCAAACAGCUUUCGGAGCCAUCGCAAAUUCAACGGCAAAAUCAAUCAACAUUGAGUUCCAGCAGGUGUGA